AUGCGAGAAACCGGAUGCAAAAAAAAAAAAGCGUUUUUCGAUCCGAUUGAGACACACGACGCUAGCGUCACGGGAAUUUCCUGGGAACAACUUGUUAGCUCCUCGAAUUCGUCCAACGUGACGAGCAUUUGGGUCACUCAGAGCAUCAUUAGGUCCAGGGAUCUGAGCUGGGUUCCUUUUUUGGAUCGACUCAUUAAAGAUUUCUCACAAGAGAACCAGGUUUUGGUGAGCAAUGACAUACAUGGAAGCGGGCUGUUCGCAGAAUUGGAAAGCCGAAUGUGCGGCUUAUCAGGACAUUUAGAAUUGCAGAGACUUCGCACCAUGAAGCGGAAUCUGUUUAUGACUUCAAUAUGUAUCAAGUGUUGUUUCCUUAGCUGCAACCCUACAAAGCCAUGGUUACAGAAAAUAGACUUGAACGCUGCGGAUCACUACAAUGGAAAUUAUGUCAUUGCUAUAUUUAUCGGCACAAUCAAGGGAUUUCUACACAAAAGCAUGGUUGGAAUGAGAACAGUAUUUUUUUGCUUGAAAUAG